AUGGCGGACAGAGAUACAGAGCGAACAUUGCCAGUGAUCAAAGAUGCACCCGCUACAUUUAGAUCGGAUGUCUGGACUAAUUUCGGCUUUUAUGAGCUAGACGGAAAGCUCGACAAGACGCACACUGUGUGUAAGGUGUGCCACACGAAACUAAAGUACUUUGGGAAUACAACUAAUAUGUCCAAACAUUUUGAACGUUUCCACCCUGCGAGGACUUCUUCAGCAAUAGCCACAAAAACAGCGAGCACAUCCCAGCCAACUAUUAAAGAAGCGCUGACAACUUUACCGUCUGCUUCGGAGAGAGGGAAGAAGAUCACCCGUUCUGUUGCAUGCUUUAUUUCUAAAGAUUUACGACCAUAUUCUGUGGUAGAGAAUGCCGGGUUUCGCUACCUUUUGAAGACGCUCGAGCCUUGGCAUAACCUACCAACAAGAAGACACUUCACAGAAACUGUUGUGCCUGCAUUGUACAACGAGACCAAAGCCCAGGUAAUGGAAUCAAUGAGUAAAGCAAGCCGCGUAGCCAUUACAUGUGAUUCAUGGAUGUCAACUGCAAAGGAGUCGUACGUAACAAUAACGGCACAUUAUAUAAGCAGUGAUUGGCAGCUUGUAUCACAUGUGCUGCAGACAAGAGCUCUGUAUGAGAGUCACACGGGUGCUAAUCUGGCGGAGUUACUGUCUGAAGUUGUGGAUGAAUGGCAUCUAGCAGACAAAGACAUUGUGCUGGUAACAGACAACGCGUCUAACAUGAUACGUGCAGCUGAAGUUGGGAAGUUCCCUCAAGUAAAAUGCUUUACGCAUACACUGAAUCUCGCUGCACAGCGUGCACUUAAACUGCAGACUGUUUCCAGACUUCUGGGCAGAAUCUGCCGCGUGUCAACAUUCUUUCAUCACAGCACUAUUGCAAACCACCAGUUGCAAUCCAACCAGAAACAUAUAGGCCUGCCAACCCAUAAACUGAAAACUGAUGUGGCAACAAGGUGGAAUAGCGCACAUGAUAUGAUGGAGAGGUACUUGGAACAGCAACCUGCAAUCCAUGCUGCCCUGCUGAGACCUCAGGUCACAAAAGAUGAUGCUGAACAUUACACUCUCAACAAAACAGAACUGGAGAACGCAGCGCAUGCAGUGAAGGCAUUAAGACCAAUGAAAGAUGUCACUACAUUGAUGUCAGAGGAGAAGAAUCCAACAGUAUGUCUGAUUUCACCUCUGUAUGCGCAGCUCCUUCAGGACAUGUCAGACACCACUGGUGACUCACCAGUGAUCCGUGAGAUUAAGAAUGCCAUCAAAACAGAUCUCCUAAAGAGAUACAACUCUGAGGAAGAGAAGAAGUUGCUUUAUACAGCCUCUGCUCUGUAUACACGUUUUAAGGGACUGCCUUUCCUCACAGCAGAUGAGAGAUUGAGAAGUGUCGUGACAGAGGCUGCAGCAUUGGAGGAAACUGAAGCAGAUGAAAUGCCUGCUGGAGCCAUGAAUUCAGGAAUCCAGGAAGAAGACAUGCUGUGUGUGGAGGACAACAUGCACAGGAAGGACAAUGUUCCCUCCUGCCAAUCUGCUGCCAAAAGGAAGGCCUCAUCAUCACUACUCGUGACUUUGCUUGGACAUACAUUCACUGACAAUGAGGCUGCAGUGCAAAACAAAACCAGCGAUUCCAGGGCUGAGGAGGAAGUGCACAAUUACUGCAGAGCUCCAUCUUUGCCUCUCACAGAAAAUCCCUUGAACUGGUGGCAUGGCCACGAGUUCACCUUUCCUCUCCUGUCCAAGCUGUCAAAGAGAUACUUGUGUAUCCCAGGGACAAACUCAAAUCGAAUCGUGAGGCAGAUGAUCGGAAUCGGAUCUAAUCGUGAGGCAGCUCGUAUAGCUGCUGGUAAAAGGGAGCCCCAAGCUAUCUCAUGCCUUGAAGAUAAAAAGGGUCAAAGUCAUUACGAGAGUAAAAAGCUUGUGAAUAUUAUGGCUGAUUACUAUAAACAGCUUUACGCCUCAGAUGUCUCGGCACCACAAGAAGCUCAUACAGUCUAUGCCUAG